AUGGCCGAGGGAUGGCUUUUCAAGUUGUUUAUUCUCAUGUUGUUGCCACCAUUAACGUUUUCUGUAUCAGAUUCUAAGGCCUUGUUAGAACUCAAGAAAUUUUUUACAAAUUCUAGUGCUCUUAAUUCUUGGGUGCCAAACUCAGUCCCUUGCACUAAACAAACACCUUGGGGUGGAUUGCUUUGUCAUAAUGGUGUGGUUCAAGGCUUGCGUCUUGAAGGAAUGGGGUUAUCAGGAAGUAUUGAUAUGGAUGCUUUGGUUGAGAUUAAGGGUUUGCGCUCUCUCAGUGUUAUUAACAAUUCUUUUCAAGGAAUUAUUCCCCAACUCAAUCGAUUGGGGGCUUUAAAGGCUUUAUUCUUAUCAGGGAAUCAAUUUUCGGGUGAAAUCCCACCCCAUUUUUUUACUAACAUGAAAUCAUUGAAGAAAGUUUGGUUAUCACAUAACAAAUUCAUAGGGGGCAUUCCAUUUUCAUUGGGUCAGUUGCCUCAUCUAAUCGAAUUACACUUGGAGAACAAUCAAUUCAGUGGAUAUAUUCCGGCUUUUGAUCACCCAAAUUUGAAGUCCAUAAAUUUAUCAAACAAUAGACUUGGGGGGGAGAUCCCUAUUAGUUUAUCAAAUUUCAGUGCAAACUCAUUUGCAGGAAAUCCAGGUCUUUGCGGGAAAAUCUUGGGUGUUAACUGUACCAAGCCAGUUCAAAAUACUGCGAAACUAGUGACAAAUCAAAAACAUGUGGUUGGUAAAUCUGAUAAAAAAUUGCCCUCGAAAAUCAUUGUGGCACUCAUAAUAUUAGGAGUGAUGUUGGUUUUUGUAAUUAUCUUAGCAGCAAUUAGAUGGGUGAAGAAGAAGAAGAAGAAGAAGGGUCCCAAUGGUCCAACCACUAGCUCUGAAAGGGCCAUCGAAGUGCAGGUUUCGGUACCAACUGCGAAAGAAGAGGAAGUAAAUAGAAAAAGAAGUGGAAGCUCUUCUCGUAAAGGGUCGGGUCAUGUAAAGGGAAGUGGUGGUGUAGCGGAGCUAGUCAUGGUAAAUGAUGAAAAAGGCAAUUUUGGGUUGACAGAGUUGAUGAAGGCAGCCGCAGAAGUGCUGGGAAAUGGGGAGCUAGGGUUUUGUUAUAAAGUUACGAUGGCUAAUGAAGUUCUGGUUGUUGUAAAAAGGAUGAGAGAUAUGAAUGCAUUAGGAAAAGAUGAGUUUGAUAAACAAGUUAAACAAUUUGGAAAUCUACGACACCCCAAUAUUUUAACACCUUUAGCUUACCAUUACCGAAGAGAAGAAAAGCUUCUUGUCUAUCAAUACCUUCCUAAUGGUUGUUUACUUUACCAAUUGCAUGGUAUGAAAUUUUAUCUUCCUCCUUUGCCUGUGUAUCUCAAAUUUGUUAUUGUAUUCAAAUUCAUUCAACAUUUUAUGCCGUUAUAUGGAACAGGUGAGCAUGACACAUCCUAUGUUGGACUUGAUUGGCCUGCCAGACUAAAGAUUGUGCAAGGAAUUGCCAAGGGACUGGAUUAUCUUCACAUGGAACUUGCUUCUCUUGAUGUGCCUCAUGGCAAUCUCAAAUCAAGCAAUGUAUUACUUGGCCCUGAUAAUCAUCCAUUUCUGUCGGAUUAUGGAUUUUGCUCAUUAGUAAACACCGACAGGGUCGAAGCUUUGUUUGCUUAUAAGACCCCAGAUGUUAUAAAACAUGGAAAUGUAUCUCCUAAAAGUGAUGUAUAUUGUUUAGGAGUUGUGAUUCUUGAAAUCCUUACAGGGCGAUUCCCAUCUCAAUAUCUUAAUGAUGGGAAUCGUGGAACUGAUGUAGUCCAAUGGGCGGAAUCAACAUUUGCUGAAAGUCGACAGGUAGAAAUGCUUGAUCCAGAAAUAACCAGCUCCCAAAAUUCAUCACUCGCCAACAUGGAGAAGCUCCUCCAUAUAGGCUUACUUUGCACUCAAACAAGUGUUGAGAAUCGUUUAGAAAUAAAAGAAGCCCUUAGAAUGAUAGAGGAGGUACAAGUAGAGGAAGGCCCCCUCUCGAUAUUAGUAUAG